AUGGGCAUUGUCGCUCUCUGUUCCUUCAUCGCCUCGUUGGGUCUGCUGUCGUUCCUUACAUAUCGUUUCAUUUUCUGGCGUCAAUACUACAAGCGUCCCCUGGCACAGAACCAGUACGUCGUUUUGAUUUACAACCUCCUCCUCGUCGAUGUCCAACAAGCAACGGCAUUCUUGUUAUGUCUUCACUGGGUUGCCAAAGGCCAUGUCUACUAUCCAAGCGCAGCCUGUGUUCUUCAAGGCUGGUGGAUCCAGACCGGAGAUCCCGGAAGUGGUUUGUUUGUGUUGGCGAUUGCCAUGCAUACGGGUGCCGUGGUUCUGCGAGGUCGACAGUUACCGUUUCCUAUAUUUGUCGCCAGCGUCGUGGGGCUUUGGGUGUUUAUUAUCAUCCUUGGUUUGAUUCCUGUUGGCCUAUUCGGCUCUGAGACCUUUGUUAUCUCCGAAGCAGGUUGGUGUUGGCUUAGUCCAGAAAAUGAGAUCGAGCGGCUAUGGUUACACUAUCUCUGGAUUUUCCUUGCCGAAUUCGGCACUAUUAUACUCUACGGCAUCAUGUUCUUCUACCUUCGACGCCGUAUGAAAGAGGCAGCUUCCCUUCGCCAGAAUCACCAGGAGAACCUGAAGCGACUGAAUCGGGUGGUUAUUUACAUGGUUAUAUACCCGUUGGUGUAUCUGAUCCUAUCGCUCCCGUUAGCAGCCGGACGAAUGUCGACAGCCCGACAUGUUAUCCCUAGUCGUGCAUAUUUUGCGGGUGCUGGAACCCUGAUGGCUCUAUCGGGUCUGUUAGAUGUGGCGGUGUAUACCUUGACCCGCCGCCACUUGCUGCUGGAAACCGACCUCAGCGCGUCGGACAGGAUGUAUGCUUACACGGACUCGGCCGCAUACCAAACACAUAUUACGACCGGUCGCGGGGAUUCGAAGAAGCCGCGCAUGAAGACUCGAUUCCGGCGAGGGCUACAGAGCAUCAACGAUACCGUGAACGACAACCGGGACUCAUCUACUGAAGAUAUUGUGCGCAAGGCCGAUAUGGAGCUCGCCAAUCUGGGGCAUGGAGUGUACCAGGAGACGACUAUCGAAAUUUCGCACGAGCCAGCCGAGCCCGAAGAGUUCCAGAAGAAGGCUCGCCACAGCGGGUGA